AUGUCCAAGAAACUAGAAGACCCAUAUCUCUACCAACCAAGUGGUAAUGAUGAUGAAUAUGAGUCUGAUGAUUCAAUUGAUGAAUCUCCAUUAGUGAAUAAAGUGAAGAAUUUCGAAAAACCUAGAGAUUUGAGAUAUUUAGCUUCGGCUAAUUUCUCAACUGAUUCCAUAGCUGAAGAUGAUGAGUUUGAACGUCCAUCAGGGUUUUCCUUUGGGGGUAAUGUUGAUUAUGCUUCAGAGACAAGUACUCCAGUUUCCAAUAAUAUUGUAAACUUUGGUCAUAGUAGAAGAUUAUCCAUUUCUUCUUUAAAUUCUCCCACCCAAGCUUUAAGACCCAGUACAAACACAAGACCUAAAUCGGCCAUUAUUUUUGCUGAUGACUUUGAUAGUCCCUUAAAGUCUCCUCAAGUAAGAACAAGUAGAAGAUCUAAUCAAUAUGUUCCUCCUCCAAUAAUGGCACCUCCUAAUGUUUCAAGAUCCUCAUCACCUACUAGAUCUUCAUCACCCACAAGAAUGAAUAGACACUUCCGUUCAAAAUCUCCCGUCAGAAGGCUGUCUUCACCAACCAAGAACUAUCAACCUUUCAAUUUCAAACCUCAAGAAGUCAUGCUGAAUAAUGGUACUACAGGACAUUUGACGGUCAAACCUGCACAUCGUAAAGGACAUAAGUAUAAACAUUCAUCAGUUUCAAUGAAUUAUUUCCAAGAACCCGAUUCUUUCAAUUCCACUGCAUCUUCAUCCCCAUAUAACCAUCAACAACAGAUUAUCCCUGAUAAGUAUCCUAUCCCCACAUUCAAAGAGGCGGUAAAGUCCAUCAAUUCUAAUCAAAAAUAUAAAUUAGGUUGGUCGAUGAUCCAUCUUCUUUUAUCAUUAACAGUUUUCCUAAUUGGAACUGGGAUUAAUGUUCCUGAAUUAGGUACUAUGGCUCACUUAAUUUUCUAUGAUUCCUUAGGAGGAUUGGUGAUAGUAUUUGUAGAUAUAAUGAGUAAUUUCGAAGCAUGGAAUAAUUCAUCAUUAGUUUUCCCCUUUGGUUUGAGCAGAUUGGAAGUUUUGAUUGGGUUUUCUUUGGGAGCGUCCUUGAUCAUGGUAGGCUUUGAUUUAUUGAGUCAUAUCUUUGAAGAGUUCAUUGUAUUCUUGUUUGAAAUGGAAAUCGAAGAAAGUGGCCAUUCUCAUCAUAUACAUUCAUCAACUGAAUCUGGCCAUAACAUGAUAUACUUUGUUCUUUUAAUAAUGACUAUAGGAAUAACUUUGGUAACAUCUAAAUUUAUCUUGGCUUCAGAGAAGAUCAAUAAAAUUAUUAAAGGUCAUUCAAGAGGGAUCAGUAAUAUUGGUUUGAUCAAUGACGAGAAUUUCCCUGAAGUGGAUAAAUUUGAAAGGUUCAAUAAACUCACUAACAUUCUCACCAAAAAUCCCACUUACAUUUUAACAUUAUCGUAUGCUACCUUUUUAUUGAUUUCACCAAUAAUCGCCGAAAUCAUCCUGGAAAAGUUCGAGUUGGAUAUUAAUGAAUUGGCUUCAUUGGUCAUCUCCUUAUUGUUUGUUUUAACAGGCUGGAAACUAGUACAAGCAUUAGGAGGAAUGUUACUUUUAUCAUAUCCCACAUCUGAUUAUGAGUAUAGUAAAUUGAAACUUUCCAUCAUCACCGAUAUAGAAAACUUAGAUAAUUUCAAGUCUACAUACUCCACAAAAGAAUUCUUCGUUACCAAAUUCAAUCAUGAAAUAUUCGUUAUUGGUAUUAAAUUCCAUAUGCCCGGAAGUUCAAUAGAUGAAGAAUCGAUGAUUAAACAUGAAGUCAACAAAUUGAUCAAACUGAAACUUUUCAGAAGACAAAAUAAGUUCAAACUUGAACUCACUAUCGAUAUUGAUCGUUAA